AUAGUUCAGCAACUUUAUUCUGGACACUGUUCACCCGAUCAACAGCACGCUCUUCAACAGCAACUCUUCAACUUUCAGAAGCGCUCCGAAGCAUGGACAAUAGUUGGUCCAUUUCUCAAUCAUGAAGCAAGCCGCUAUUCACAUUCACUUGCCAAGAAUCCAAACGUCCAAUUCUUUGGUGCUCAUACGGCCCAAGUCAAGAUUGCCCGUGAUUGGGAUACGAUUCCCGAAACUGAUAUUGAAGCAUUUCGAGAGUCAUUGCUUUUGCUGACCUCGCAAGCUGCAUCAUCAGGAAAGCCAAAGACUGUCCUGCGCAAAUUAUUUGUUGCCGUGGUGUCACUUGGGUUGAGACUGUGCUCAUAUAACCCUCCUCGAUGGGAAGAUUGGGUGCUCAGCUCUGUUCGCACAUUCUCCGCCUCGUCUUCAUUCCCUCAUGAGGCUCUCCUUACUUAUCUCUCUAUCAUCGCCGAAGAGGCUUCGAGAUCUGACCUUGUUGGACCCAGCCGUGCUCAUCUCAGCACCGCCUUGAGAAGCGCCAGCUACUCCGUCCUCCAAGCUAUAUUGAGCUCCUUGAAUAAUCCGGAACGUGAUGUCAGCGAGAGAGUUGCCGCUUGUAAAUGCUGUGAGACGUGGAUACAACAUCUACCAGCGAAUGACAUUACUAGCACACUUCCGUCGCUUUUUGCUAAUCUGACCGACCCCCUGAUAUUCGUCUCUGCUGCUAGCAUUUUGGAGGAGAUUCUGACAUCGUCACCAUUUUCAAAUGGCACGGGCACUAGAGUUUUGACAGAACCACUUCUAACGUGGUUAGAUGAGGUUGGUCAGAAUAUAUUCCAAAACAGUCUCGAAGUUUCUGCCAUCGAUGAGGUUUCAAGAGGCUUGUGCAAGCUGCUCGUGGCCUUAGGAGACCAUUCCGUCGCGUACAUGGCAUUACACCUUUCAUCGCGCCCGAUUCAGACAUUUUUGCGGGUUUUCUUAGGUUAUACAGGAUUCCCAGGGUGGUACGGUGUUGACGAGGAGGAAAGCGAGAUGACAACAUCUUUCUGGACUUACUUUGGGGAAGCGCUCCUUGAUUCAGAGUUCAUGUCCGAUCCUUCAGCGUCGGAGACGGUUAUGGCAAAAGGUGUCUUUGCAAAGCUAGUUGAUAUACUUGUACGGAAGUGUACAUGGCCCUCGUCAUCUGACUUAAGUGACUGGUCGACAGACCAAAUUGACAGGUUCAUUGCGUACCGAAGGGAUCUCGGAGAGGCCGUUGUAAAUGCUUAUUACAUAAUAAAGGACGAAGCUUUGCGUAUCCUGGUCGAUCCUGUCUGCGAUAAUGUCUUGCUUUCGCCAGACGUUAUCAACUGGGAAACUAUCGAAGCAUCUUUACAUUGUGUGAAAUGUGCUCAAGAUGCCGUCCCACUCCAAGAGAAUAUCUAUUUGCGGCGAUUGUUUUCAAUACUUACUGAAAUUCCUGCAUCUGGAAACCACCGCGUCCGGCAAACCGCACUCAAUCUCAUCGGGGAAUAUUCUACAUGGUUUUCCACACAAGACUCUGCACUCCUCCUGAAAGUUGUCGCGUACGUUUCGAGGAGUCUUGGCGAGCAUGGACUUUCUUUAGUUGCCUCGACGUCAAUGAAACAACUCUGCGAUGCUAACCGCACUCAAUUGGCACCACACAUUGCGUCUUUUGGCGAUGUUCUAGUUCUUGCGGGGAGCGUACCGAAUGCAGAACGUGCCAAAGUCAUCGAAGCCGUGUCAAGCGUAAUACAAGCCCUUCCUCCAGAACAAGGUGCAGCGCCGACGGAGGCUGUCAUUCGCCCCGUCAUCACCGGACUCAGUCUUGCACUAGAGCAAUAUUCAACGCAACCAGAGGAAGCACGCACGUCAGUUAAUGACCAGUUGGUCCUCUUGGUGGCAUGUGCGCGGGGAUUAAGCGCGUCCCAAGAUACCUUUCUCUACGACGACAGCGAUUCGCUCGAACGGUCAUCCACUCUACAGGCUAUGGAACGCGGGCGUGCCUCUUCUUCCUUGGCGCACUCUCGUGAUAUAAUCCUUAGACUCUUGGCCCAAAUAAUGGAUCUUUGGUCUUCUGACUCUGAGGUGGCUGAUACCAUCAGCGAAUUAUUCAAAUACAUGACAGCUCUCCCGGAGGAGGCCACGCUGAUUUCCUUGCCCCCUGCGCCUCUUCUGGAGCUCAUAUGCGUGGCCGCCAAUCGUCAGUUGACAGCAGUUUGGCUAGGCAUCGCUGCGAAGCUAGUGCUUCAACUACAGCCCACGUCUUGGACUUCACUGAAACCUGAACCUGAUGAAGAAAUCCUUGCCUUGGUAAGACAGGCUACCCUUAGCUUAACUGUAUCGUCGUUGCGGACAUUAUCAGAGGAGGGCGCAAUGGAAGCGAAUCCAGAUUUAGUUCAAGGUUUCUUUGCAUGUCUGGAUCAAAUUUCAAUAUCCUUCUUCUCCGCGAUCAUUGCUUUCCCCCCCGAUGUUGCGAACGCUGUUAUGAUGUGUUCAAUUCAUGCCCUCAAACUGCAGGAACGUUACUCAUUGGUUGGGAGCUGCAAAUUUUUGGUCACACUCAUUAAGAAGACGACUAUGGAGCAGGAUGCGAAUUUUGACAAUUCCCGUAACCUCGUCCGACAACAUGGUCAGUCCGUCAUUGAAACUCUGAUAGUUGGCAUUGCUGGGGAUGCACCACGGUCAGCCGUACCCAAUCUUGCCGCUGUCCUGUCAACGAUUGUUUCAAAAUACUCUGAGGCAAGAGCCUGGGUCAUUAAUGCAAUGAAUCAUGUGAGCAGCAUUGUGAGUGCCCUCUCCAAGGACGCAUUUAUGAAGACCGUUAUCAGUUCGAGAUCAUCGGCAAGAACGGCAGCGGCUGCUAAUGACUUCUCACUAAUCGCGAGAGGUUUGACGGGUACAUCCUAUGCGGCAGGCACUAGUAUAUGA